AUGAUUUGAAGUUGUGCCUAUGAAGUAUUUCUGUCAAAACUGUGUAUUUAUGUAAUUAAAAAUAGAAAAAUUCUAAAUUAAAUUUAAACAAUAAUUUUGUAAUAUAAAUUCACUGCCAUAACUUUUACUGUAUAAAAUGGGAACGGUACAUGCUAAGGCUGAACACAAUGGCAAUAAUGGCUCUUUGGGUGGACUAUUUGAGUUUGACGAACCCAUGGAAUUUGAAGAGCCUUUAUCUAAGCCCAAUAUAAAGCUGAAUGGUGUACGGGCUCGCGUUGACCGCGUUCAUAUUGACGGCCUAAGCAGAACGAAAGACGAUAUCGUACGGAGCACAGUCGAUGACUUGUUCCACGCAACUGACUUCGAAGAUGUCAUAUUGAGAGCUCAUAAAGUACGACGAGCCCUUGACUCAAUGGGAUGUUUUAAAGAUAUCGGUGUUUUUAUCGACGUUUCAAGCGGUCCUGGGGCGACUCCUGAAGGCUUAGAGGUAACAUUUCAAGUGAAGGAGCUGUCUCGUGUUGUCGGGGGUAUCAAUACAACUGUCAGUGAAAAUGAAGGAAAUCUCGUUUUGGGGGUUAAACUACCGAACGUGUUGGGUCGCGGGGAGAGGGUCGCCGCGGAGUACAGCGUGGGGCAUCGUAGCUCGUCUAACUUCAACAUAUCCGCGAUGAAGCCCUACCCGCACAGCCCGCUCACCCCCGUUUUGUCAGCCACAGUGUACCAACAGAAUCACGAAUACCCGUGGUCGGGAUACAAACUGCUGGACCGGGGUCUGUUAUUGGACAUCGCUUUCCGGACUUCCCCUGCGACGAAACAUAAUCUGCAAUGGGAGGGGAUCGUCCGCGACACUUCGGUUCUCAGCAAGUCGACGAGCUUCAAAGUGCGGGAGAGCAGCGGUCCCCAAAUGAAAUCGGUCAUCCGCCACAUCGUGACGGUGGACCAUCGCGACGAGGCCGUGUUCCCGACGCGCGGCACGUGGGUGCAGUUCACCAGCGAGCUGGCGGGGCUCGGGGGUGGUGUUGCCAAUAUACGCACGGAGUUGCAGGCGGAGGCGAACAAGGAGGUCGCACCCGGUGUUGUGAUCCAAGCGUCAGGGGCUCUCGGUGUACUCCACGAUGUGUACGGUACGGACAUACCCGACCACUUCUAUUUGGGGGGGCCGGCGACCGUGCGCGGGUUCAGACAACGAGGCGUCGGGCCGCACUGUGACAACCAUGCGUUAGGUGGAACGGCAUAUUGGGCGUCAGGACUACACGUCUACGCUCCUCUUCCAUUCCAACCGGGCAAGGGGGGGUUAGGGGAACUGUUCCGAUCGCACUUGUUCCUGAAUGCCGGCUGUCUCGCACAUCCCGAGGAGAGCGCGUCGGCGCUGGAGGGGCUGUGGGAGGCGCGCGUGGCGUGCGGCGCGGGCGUGGCGCUGCGGCUGGGCGGCGCGGCGCGCGUGGAGCUCAACUACUGCGUGCCGCUGCGCGCGCGCGCCGGGGACGUGCCCGCGCCCGGCCUGCAGCUCGGCGUCGCCGCGCACUUCCUGUAAUUUAAAUAAUUUUUUUUUUUUCGAUUUUUUUAUUAAUAUUCGUUAUACAGAUAACAAAAGAUGUCGCCAUGUUCAAUUAUUUAAAGUAUCAAGUACAGAAGUUGUUUUGUUCACAAUAUAUAUAUUUAAUUUUUUAAUGAACGUAGUAAAAUUUAUCACAUAAAAUGACGUGUUGAAAGUCGUCAUGAGUAAAAUCGAGUUUCUGAUAUGCUUAUAAAAGUAAGAUUUGUUAAUCUAACUUAAUGCUCAUUGGUCGCGUAUUACGUCAUCGGCUGCCAUCGACCAAUCACAAUGUGUGGCUAGUGCGUAAUUUUUUUUACAUGUACGAUAGCGUAUUGAAAUUAACGCCAUCUAGUGACAGUAAUCUGAAUUAACGGAUUAAAGUUAUUUAAGUCAAUUUGACGUUUAUCAGAAACUGGAGGUUCAUUUCAAAUUAAUUUAUUGUUGUAAUUAAUUUACAAUAGAAUGUUGUUUAAAUUAUAAGUGUAAUGUAUUAUGUUAUAAAAUAGUGUUAGUUUUGUUGAAAUAAAAUCAAAUUUUCAGG